UCCAAGCAAGACGCUACAACACGACCCAGUGAGAGUUACACCUUAUCACGUUUGCCUCUUCAUGUCCCUUUUGCUCGUUCUGCACUGUGGAUUAAGACAACAAUGAGAUUUGAGCAUUCCUGACCUGCUAUCUAUGGAUUACGCAACAUCGCGAUCACUUUGGCCAACUUCCCGAUCUUCAAAGCCUGACCUUCUCAACAGCUUUUAAAAUUAUUUUCAACUGUUCUGGUGUUUCGGUGUGCUGCAUUUGAGUCCUAAGUCACACUCACCGUGUGUCAACGUGUGAUGUGACAGAGGCCUGACAAACGUGUCACCCCCCCAUGUCGGCGGGACAUGACGAUGCUUAGCGGAGCGGAGCGGCCGUGGUGGAACGUGUCGGACGAGCGCAACGGCAGCGGCGAGGCGUCGGGGCCGUACGACGGUGACGCCGAGCGCAACUACUACGCCGUGCUCUACUCCCUCCUCAUCCUGGCCAUCGUGUUCGGCAAUGUGCUGGUGUGCCUGGCCGUGCUGAGGGAGCGCUCCCUGCAGACCACCACCAACUACCUGGUGGUCAGCCUGGCCGUGGCAGACCUGCUGGUGGCCUCGCUGGUCAUGCCCUGGGCCGUCUACCUGGAGGUGGUCGGCGGUGCCUGGCUUUUCAGCCGCCUCUACUGUAACGUCUUCGUCACGCUGGAUGUGAUGAUGUGCACCGCCAGCAUUCUCAACCUGUGCGCCAUCAGCAUCGACAGGUACACAGCAGUGGUGAUGCCCGUGUUGUACAACACCACGCACCGCUCUCGCAAGAGAGUGUUCGCAAUGAUCGCCACCGUUUGGGUGCUGGCCUUUGCCGUGUCCUGCCCCUUGCUGUUCGGCUUCAACACCACAGACAACCCCAUGGUGUGCUCCAUCUCCAACCCCGACUUUGUGGUGUACUCGUCGGUGGUGUCCUUCUACCUGCCCUUCAUGGUCACACUGCUGGUCUACAUCCGCAUUUACGUCUUCCUGCGCAUGAGAAGGAAGAGGAUCACCUUCAGCCAGGCCAGCGGGAACGUGCAGCCCGGCUCCACACCGCCCUCUGCGGAGACAUGUCUUCAGGACGGCACGGCCAAGAGCACCCACGGCCUGUCACCAAUAAACAUUAAAGUGCAGUGCGCGGAGCCCUCGGGUCCGUCCAAGUCCGACCUGCUGUCGGGAUGCCUGUGGCGCAAAAGGCCCAAAACGGGACCCGUGGAGAACUCGGCGCUGCCCCCGGUGGACUCGCAAAAUUACUGUAGCAUCACCCACGCCUCCUGCGGCCGCACCGAGCUGGACGCGGAGCAAGAGCGAGACGACGCGGCGCCGAGGGCGGCGGAGAGCGGCCGGCAGGUGGCGGUGUCGGUGGGCGUGAACUGCGAGGUGAAGAACCUUUCCAACGGACGCACGCACGCCACGCUGCGGCCGCUGAACACCAACAAUUCGAGAUUCAGGAGCAUGCACGCCCGCGAGAAGAAGGCCACCCAGAUGCUGGCCAUCGUGCUCGGGGUGUUCCUCAUCUGCUGGCUGCCCUUCUUCGUCACGCACAUUCUGAACACGCACUGCGGGACGUGCGCGAUCCCACCGGGCCUCUACAGCGCCUUCACCUGGCUGGGCUACGUCAACAGCGCCCUCAACCCCGUCAUAUACACCACCUUCAACGUGGAGUUCCGCCGGGCCUUCAUUAAGAUUCUCAGCUGCUGAGAAAGAAAUGGAAAAGAGAACUUUAAAAAAAUAAAAUAAAAUUCAUUUUUUCUUGCUCAACACGGACAAAAGUCGGAUUGUUUUUGUACUUUUUCUUUCUGGAAGAGAGUUUUCGGGCACCCCUUUUUUCCCCUUUUUGCACUGUGUGGACUAACUCAAGUCAUACACACACUCGCGUCCUACAGCGCAUACAAACAUGCCAAAUAAUUGGAAUAUAAAACUUGGAAGACAGUUUUUACGGCGUACCGUUUAUUCCGUUUAUUGGUCCCUGUGACAUAUCCCCGCUAGCCAUGCAGCUAUCUGCAAAAAUCAACUACAGAACAGUUUAUAUUGUGUGUUGUAAAUAAAGACAGCCAUCAUUCCACACAGAUGCUGUGAUAUUAUUCACACGCUAAUAAUGCUGUGGCAAGAACUAACGGGAGAAAAGGAUGGAAAAAAAUAAAACAUUCCAAAAUAAGUGAAAAAAAAAAUAGCAUGGUGCAAGACCACCACCAGGUUUGAACUGUCACAUACUGUGGGUACGGAAAGUAUUCAGACCUCCUUAAAUG